CGUUUCUAUAUAAGGACCCAAUUUAGGGUUUUAGGGUUCUCCUCUUGUGGCAACAAGUGCUGUGUCGCUCCUCUGCUUCCGGCGAUUUCGUCCAUCCUCGAGAGCUGCAAACAGAAUGGAUACUCAAGUCAAACUUGCCGUCGUUGUUAAAGUGAUGGGCCGAACUGGUUCCCGUGGGCAAGUGACUCAGGUCAGAGUCAAGUUUCUGGAUGAUCAGAAUCGACUGAUCAUGAGGAAUGUUAAAGGACCUGUUAGAGAAGGAGACAUUCUCACCCUUCUCGAGUCAGAAAGAGAAGCGAGGAGGUUGCGCUGAAGAUGGCCGUUUUGCUUUUUAUUUUUGGAUGUGGUGAAUGUCAAUUUUGAAGGGACGUUUCUGUCUGAAUUCCGAUCAAGCAUGUCAGGAAACUAUUGUUUUGUUGCGUUUCAGUUGAUGGCUUUAUCUGUACUUUGAGGACACACCUCUAGAUUAUCUGACUAUUUGUUUGGUUGCUA